AUGGAAGAAGCGACCCUUUUGCGUCUUAUACGAAGCGACAAGUUUGACGUCCAAGUUCAACCGGAAAGAAGAUCGUCCCUUCUUGCAGAAAUGGUUCGCUUGAAUCGUAUCCUCCAACAAAUAAACGACUUCAAUAUUCGUGCCUCGGAGUACCAACUAGACUCCGUGUCCAUCAGAAGUGAUGUCGAGAAUUUAUCCAAACAACUUGACACUUGGCUCAAAGAACUUCCCGACCAUAUACGGGACACACGCACAAACAUGGUUAAUUAUGCAGAGCAGGGACUUGGUCGCAUGUUCGUCGCUAUCUACCUGGGAUACUAUCACUACGGCCAGAUGCUCUUCUACCGCUUUCUACACGAGGACUCACGGGUAUUUGAUACUAGCACUCGGUUUUACGCCAAUAAAUGCAAGCAGCAUGCAGGUAGUCUCUGUGAUAUACUCUAUGCGUCUGAAGAGAUUCCAGGGUGUGACGUCAAGUAUAACAUGAUUGGGCAUGUGGUCGUGAUCGCAUCGACAGUGCAAAUCCACAGUCUCCUGUUCGAAGGCGAAGACGCAAAUGUUACUCUAGCUAAAAUGCGACUGGAGAAGAAUUUCUGCAUCAUAAUACAUCUCCGCCAGCUCUGGCCGACUUUGGAUGUCUGUAUGGAUCGUCUAAUGGCUUUUCACCAAGCAUGCAGAGACUCAGCCGAUACGAGUUUCUGCAUGGACAGAUGGAUGGUGAGAUUCUUAGUUGAAUUCGCAAGUCCUGUCAACGAUAAAGCUUCUUCAGCGCAUGAUCAAAAUAUCUGGUCACUUUCUGAAUUAGGUAUUGACCGGACCAGCCAAAAGCUAAAUAAAAACUAA